GAAGUCAUUGUUAAAGCUGCUCCAAAUACCCCCCAACAAAUGAGGAACGAAAUCUAGUAAAUAGGAUGCGUUUUAUGCAACACGGUAUUUAUGCGUGUUUCUUUGCAAAGUUAUUGGACCUAAAAGCUGCUGAAACAUCUGAGUGAGUGAAUGUGUGAAAGUGAAAGUAGUCCCACUGCCACGUGAAGAAUCAACAACAUGGCUGCGAGCGCGUCGCCGUCCGAAAGGGAGUCGGAGCGGGACUGCAGCUGCCCGGUGUGCUGCGACAUAUUCGACGACCCCGUGGUCCUGCUGUGCGGCCACAGCUUCUGUACGACGUGUCUGCGGGAGUGGUGGCGGCAGAGUGACCUCCAGACGUGCCCGAUGUGCAAUCAGACGUUUCCGACGGCUGAGCAGCCGCCGCGUAAUCUGGCGCUGAGGAACGUGUCCGACGCCCUGAGGCUGGAGAAGAACACCCAGAGCGCAAACUGUGCGUCUGAGGAGCUCUGCGGUCUGCACGGCGAGAAGUUCAAGCUCUACUGUGUGACGGACCAACAGCUCAUCUGUGUGAUUUGUAGGGAUGCAAAAAAACACAAGAAACACAACUGCAUGCCCAUCAAGGAAGCCAUCGAAACAUUCAGAGCCCAACUCAAGCUUAAGGGGCUGCAUUUACGAACCAAGCAGAAGACAUUUACAGCGCAUCAUUUGCAGUGUCGAAAAAUGGCCGACCACAUCAAGCUGCAGGCCCAGCAGACUGAGGAGAAGAUCAAAAAGGAGUUUCAGAGGCUUCACCGGUUCCUGCGGGCGGAGGAGGCCGCGAGGAUCGAGGAAGUGAGGAAGGAGGCAAAGUUGAAGAGUGAUGCAAUAGACAUCCGGAUUAUUAAUUUGACUGCAGAGAUCUCCUCCCUCGGAGACAAAAUCAAAGCCAUACAGAAGGAGAUGGAAGCUGAUGACAUUGCAUUGAUGCUGAAUGCCAAAUCCACCAUGGAGCGAUCCAAAUGCAGCCUACCAGACCCACAGACUCCAUCGGGAGUCCUGCUCGAUGAGGCCAAACAUCUGGGAAAUCUGCUGUUCACCGUCUGGAAGAAGAUGAAGAACAUAAUCCAAUACACUCCUGUAACUCUGGACCCCAACACUGGCAGCUCACGAUUGACCAUAUCAGACCACAUGACCCGUCUGACAACAAGCGACAAGGAGCGCCCACUUCCUAAAAACCCAGAAAGGCUGGACGGCUGGAGCGUUCUUGGCUCUGAAGGUUUUAUCUCUGGAAAACACAGCUGGGACGUGGAGGUGGAGGGUUUUUGGAAAGUUGGUGUAGCUGUUAGAACCAAUGAUCCAUCCUCUGUAAAGUCCUGGGGCAUCUUCAAGUGUUGUUUUACUACUCGUCUAUGUGAAUUUUAUGCAGGGAAGGGUGAUAUAUCUACAUCUAAAGAUUCAUUCCCCCAGAAGCUCAACGUGCAGCUCGAUUAUGACCACGGCAUUCUAUCAUUUUCCGAUCUGGAAAAGAAGACACCCGUACACACCAUCAAAUGCACUUUCACAGAAAUGGUAUAUCCGUAUUUCAGUGAGAACGCAAAAAUCCUUCCUGUUGAAUUUUCCGUGAGGAUGAGAAAAACCAGAUAAACAUGCAGCAUUACUGCAGAGGGCUAACAAGAUGAUAGCUGGUUAAGCACCGAGGUUUCAAUUUGCUUUAGCCCGCCUUAAGGGACACUGCGCUGAUUUCACCAGGCGACAACUACCAGUUUUGUCACGUAAAGCCAACGCACAGGUGUUUUAAACUUGCAUUCCCUCUAGUGGCCAGCAGGGGCGGCUCCUCUAGUUGCACAAAUAGGUCCAUAUUGUAUCGAAGUCUGUGAGAAAAUGACCCUACUUCUCACUUGUGUUCUUAUUUAUCACCUCAGGAAACAGGGUCUCAGUCGCUAGUUUAAAAUCAGCAGGAUUUUCCUUAAAUAUGUUAUCGUCCCAUUUAAAGUAAAAUAAUUUAAUAAAGUUAUGCUCAACUUGGGGCUUCAGAUUGGCAGAUUCCAAAUCACUUGGUGACGUCACGAUGAGUAUGCCCACUUCUAUACAUUCAAUGGAUUUGACUCAUUAAGUUCAGUUUACAAAGAAAUGCUUAAUUAAAUAUGUUAUUGAGUUGCAUAAUGUGAAAUUAAGAAUCUCGUGCUUUUGGAGGUCGACCCACUUGGGACUAAAGGUAUAUACAAAAAUAAUUGUUAUCUGAUUAAGAAAUUGUUCCUAUUUUCAAUAUGUUUCCCUGUUUUGGGAGGUUUCCUUCUUAUCUGAACUGAGGGUGAAAGGUGGCAAAUUUGUGAUUUUGGGACUAUUAAACCCAAGUGAUGUAACUUGUACAUGCUUAAAUAUCAGAUCAAAUGUAUAUCAACAAUCAAAUAAACAGUUCUGCAGCU